AUGGCGUCUUGGCAGGCUUGUUGGCAGGCAAGUCGAGCUGCCGUCUCUGGCCCAGACUCCCUGACCACUGGAGAACCGUACCUGUGGACGUCACACGCCAUGGUCGACAUCACCCCCGCCUUCGAUGGUCUUGUAGAGAUCUUUGGCCCAUUGGACCGCUUCUGGCAUUCUUGCUGCACCAGAUAG